UCGGUGUAUUUAUUGAGAGGGACGGUUAGAUCUUGUUAUAAAUUGGUGUCAUAGGACUAAUUCAAUCAUUACUUUAAUUUGUUUACGUCCCUCACAGAUGCAGAAUAAAGCAAUCAUUUAAUUAAGGUGAAUGUAUAUAUACAAAAGAAGAAUCUGCGAACCGCACAGUGAAUUUUUGUGGUAACCCGUCCUAACUUUGAAGUCAACAUGAAAGUAUUUGUAGCUAUUGCUUUGAUGGUAGCUCUUGUCCAGGUCAAUGGCCAGACUGAUAAACAAAAGGAACUCUUAGCCCAACACUACAAACAAUGCGUAGAGCAAAGUAAAGUCGACCAGAAUGUUCUUCAGCAAGCACGAGCUGGCAACUUCGCCAACGAUGCUCAACUGAAAGAUCACAUUCUCUGCAUCACCAAGAAAAUAGGAUUCCAAAAUGAAACUGGUCAACUGCAGAAAAGCGUGAUUGAGAAGAAGCUCAAAGAAGCCCUUAAAGGAAACGCAGAACAAGCGAAGAAGCUCAUCGACGAAUGCGUCUUAGCCGAUAAAGAUCCCAAAGUUCAGGCGUUCAAUGCUUUCAAAUGCAUUCACCAGAAGGCCAAAAUAAAUUUAUUGUAAAAAGUGUUCUCGUUUUGUUGCAAGCAGUUUUCAGUUGCCGGAGAAAUAUUUUAAUGGAGAUUUUGUAUUGCUAACUUAAUUUUGUAACAAAACAGUGAAGACAGUCCUUAUUAGCAGAAAAUAAAUAUUUAAUAAACAA